UUCAGUAGGCAGCGGUCAAAGUCUGCUGACUGACCGCCUCCUCUCAUCCUCGCGUGAUCAUCCACUGAGAUGAUGAUAUCAUUGCCAUCUGCUACCAUUCUAUGAGUCAUGGCAUUGGCACAUAAAAGCCAAAGCCAGCCAGAGUUUAAAUCUGUUUAUUGGCAGAAUCAGUUGGCAGUUUAUCAUCUUCACCACCACUAUGGCUCGGAAUUUAUCCAACAACGUAGAAAUUUACACGAAGAAAAAUGCCGUCGACACGGAAUAUGCUCGACUUGUUAAGAACAGCCCUUUUAUUCUGAUUCACAAACCUACGUCCAUCAUGCUCAGCGUAAGCCUCUACCAACCACACGAGCCGCGUAUCGAUCUACGCCUGAUCAAGCACAUUCCACAGGAUGAUUCAUAUGCUGCCACUCGCUGUGGAUUCUAUUUUCCCAUCAGCUAUCUUCCUGAAUUUUUGGCCGCCGUAAAAACCCUAGCAUGUCGUGUCAGUGAGUGGGAGAAAUCAAACGCGUUUAUGCGGCCAGUGGCCUUGCAGCCCGCCUCGUCUUCCUCACGUAGUAGUAGCAACAAUAAAGCCUCUGUAAAAAAGAGCCGCGGAAGUGGAAAUGGAAGCAGUAAAAAGAGAAGCAUUAAUUGCUUGGCCAAGGCGGCCGCGAAAAAAAUUUUGCGCACUUGUAAAGGUGGUGAUGUACGUGGUGAUCGUGGUGGUAGUGCUCGUGUUGGUGGUGGUGGUGGUAGUGUCGAAAAAGAUGAUAUUGACUACGAUGGUAACGUUAACGAGAGAGCUCUGUUAAUUGAUGACGAUGAUGAUGAUGAUGCUAAUGAUGAUGACUAUGACGAGGAUGGCGACCGCCACGAUCAAUGA